CCGCGCCGCCUUCCGGUGCGGCCUGUGGGCGGCGGGGUGAGCGGGGACGGGCCCCGGCAGGCGAUGAGCCCCGGGAUCCGUGCGGCGAGGGGAGGGGCGGGCCUGGGCGGCCGUGGGGUGGCUUCAAGCGGUGUCGCUCUGCGCAGGCAUUCCGGCCGCCCCGCCUGGAGCAGCGCGAUGGCGUCGGUGACGAUGGCCACCUCGGAGUGGAUCCAGUUCUUCAAGGAAGCCGGGAUCCCCCCGGGCCCCGCGGUCAACUACGCCGUCACGUUCGUGGAUAACAGGAUCCAGAAGAAUAUGCUGAUGGACCUCAAUAAGGAGAUCAUGAAUGAGCUGGGUAUCACGAUAGUUGGUGAUAUUAUUGCCAUUCUGAAGCAUGCUAAAGUGGUAUAUCGACAGGAAAUGUGCAAAGCUGCAACUGAGUCAGUGGCCUCCAGCCAAACUGCUUUGCAAUCUGAACUCCGCAGGAAUGCUAAUACUGUUGUGAUCUCACCAAUUUCUGCAGCUGCCACCAGGAUGAUUGCCAACAGUUUGAGCCGAGACUCUCCACCUUCUACUCCUGUUCGGAGGCCUGAUACCAGUGCCUCCAAAAUCUCCAUCACCGUAUCUAACAAAAUGGCAGGAAAAAGUACCAAAGCAGCUAUUUGUGCUCCUCGGGCUGAGAAUCCCACCAUCCCAGUAAAGCGCCGCCGCGUCACAGCAGAGAUGGAAGGGAAGUACAUUGUCCACAUGCCCAAAGGAACUACUCCCAGGACUAAGAAGAUCCUGGAGCAGCAGCAGGCAGCAAAAGGUUUGCAAAGAACUUCUGUGUUUGACCGGCUUGGUGCAGAGACUGGUGGAGAGACAGCCAUAGGAAACAAGCCCACAGGAGUGUUCAGCCGGCUGGGGGACAUGCAGGAAGACAAAGCGGCUGACAGCGAUGAUGACAGUUCUGUGCUGCAGUAUGCAGGAGUGCUGAAAAGACCCUCUCAGCCCAAGGAGAUCUGCAAAGUUGGCGUCGCCAUCAAGGCCAAAGCUACCAGCUCUGAGGCCAGGCAGGUGGCGGCUGAUGCCGUCAGCACUGUAAUCCAGCGACGGGGGAGCAAGAGUGCGGCUGGAUCUGCUGCUCCUGCCAAGGAAGAGAUGCAGGGCUUGUCUCCUGCCCCUGGCAGUGUGGCCAAAAGACUGGGCAAGCGCUCACUGAAAGUCCUUGAGGCCCAGGACAGCAGCGUUACUAGUUCCAGGAGCAGGCCGGACUCUUCCUUCCGAGUCACCAUAAAGAGAACUUUAGGGAGCUCCAAGGUAAGCAGCUCCAGCCCUGCAGAGCCUCCCAGCGCUCAGAUGGACCACACAGGCACCGUCAGUGUCUUUAAGAGGCUGGGCAGGAAGACUGUGUGAGCCUGGCUUGGGACCCCGCUUGAAAGGAGCUUCCAGACAAGGAGAGCAAGCGAGUGUGUGUGUGUGCAUCUCUCCCAUCAGCUCCCUUUGUGACGUGAGCGGGUGGCCGCAUUCUGGAGCCAAUGCGGGUCUGCUUCUGUGAAGCUCUUGGUUGGUUCUCCCAGCACUGCAUCCAGAGUUGCUUAGGGCCACGCAUGGUUGAGGCGCACAAAAACCCAGUCCUGGCAGGGUGUGAGCGCUUAGAAGGCCUUGAAGAGAAAGCAAGGAGUUCUGGCCAGCCCUCUGAACACACCUUUUGUUUUUCUCUGCAGGUGUUUGCUUUUUCCUAGGAAGUAGUGUCCAUAAGAGACAGGCGGUCCCUUCCUUCUUUUCCCUUCUCUGUCCUGAACUUUCACCUGCCGAUCCUGGAACACCCGAAUUCCAGGAAGGGCAACUGACUGGGUGCCAGACAUCUCUUUUAGUGGAUGCUGGAGCUGUGGAAUUGUCAAGGCGGGUUUGGCAGUGUUCUGGGUUUCUUUCCUUUCCUUUUCCAUUUUUAAGAGUUUCUGGUUGAGAAACGCCCUUACUUGUCUUACAUGUUAGGAUUCCUGAUGGAUCUAGCUCCGUUUCUUUUGCUGAACUCCUGAAUUAAGCUGUUCUUGGAUUGGGGGUGCGUGUGUGCAAAUGGCUGCACCCCCAUUCCCUCUUAGACCCUUUUUAAGCAGACAAAAGCAAACCCAUUUUUUUAAAGCACACGUACAUAUCCGAUGUCUUGAGGCUCUUCCCUCACCUGCCAUGUUGAAGGUGGCUGGCAUCUCUGGAUCAAUCAGAUAUUUCUCCACCCCUCCCCCCUCAGUCUUGGGAGUGGGGGGAAUCCUAGAUUCCCUAGGCACACACCCUCCCCCAGUUUAGACCCUAACCCUUCACCCCCCAGCUGGCAGGAUUUGAGGUAGGGCAGCACAGCUUUGGCCUUGGCCUUAGGAAAUGGCUGGGCAUCGCAAGUUUAAGGAGAGGUAAAUCUGCCAGGAAAGGGCGCCUGGCACUGAUGGGCUCCUACUGUUUACCACCAGAAAAAGCCCCAGUUCUGGCUUUUACAGAAGACCUGUGAAGCCAUCUGCCCCCAACCCCACCUUGGCAAGAUCUCCCGGGGGUGGUGGAGACCUGGGGCCCGCACGGUCUUCCGCCUCCUACUUGAUAGGGGAGUUCUGGCUCCCCCCCCCCCGCACGUCCCCCAGAGCCACCGUGGCGGAAGGGAGGUGUUAAGAGGGAGUACCUCCCUGUCCCCAGGGCUGCCGGUUCAGACUGCCAACAUACAUGGGGCUGCACGAGGGCUUAGCCGGAGGCGCCUAUCGGGGCUUCGUUGCUGGAAAGCGGGUUUAACAAUUGGAGUCGCUCUAGAUCGGGAUGAUGAGAGCUUCAAGCUGUAACGCGACCGCGCAGCCCUCGAGUCGGACCGGCGGACGAUCGCUCACAAUAAAACGGUGUUUCCCCAUG